AUGCCUACCGACAUGUUACUCGUGGACCGAGUACACCGCCUGCCCAGACCACGGUUCCUACCAGAAACUGCACCGCGGGAUGUGCUACUGCGAAUGCAUUAUUAUCAUAUUAAAGAGCUCAUACUCAAGUCAAGCAGGAAUAAAGUGACACCACUGGAAGGUUACCCAAACCUGCUGAUCUUUGCCGAUCUUUCUGUGUCCACUCUUCGUAGAAGGAAAGAGUUCGCUCAAGUUGCCAACUCCGUGAGAGCGCAUGGUCUCAGAUUUCAAUGGGGUUUCCCUACCAAAAUGUUGGUGACGAAAGACAACGCCACCCAAGUAAUCACAUCACCUGAAGAUGGACUUCGCAAACUACAAGCCUGGGGAUUCAUGGACCGAGGACCGGAUCAUAACACCCCACCUUCCAGGCGCAUUCCACUGGACUGGCACAAAGCAUGA